AGCGUCUCUUUUCUCGUGAUAUAAUAUAUACCCUUUAACACCAUGGCGUUCAAUUGUCAACGAUGCAAACAACCACUACGCAUUGAUGAUACCCUGACCGAUCUCGACACAGCUGCGACUGAGCUACUUGUAGCUCCGCUUUCAGCUGAAGAGCAAUACCAACAACAUUUACGACAAAGCAAAGCACGAUAUAGCGAUACAGUUGAGCCUGUGAGUCGACGACUUGUUGGCAUCAAGGGCAAUGUAAAUUCACCUGCACACAAAAAGCAACAACAACGAGAUAGUUUUCCUUUACCUUCGGAAUCGUUUGUGGUGUUGACACGUUCACAGCUGGGCGGACAGACGCCUGCUUCUGCAACUACUUCUUCGUCUCCAACAACAGCUGCGGUAGGGGUUGGGACAUCCUCUUCCUCUUCUCCAGCGUCACAACAGCACCAUCAGCAGCAUCAACAACAGCACCUGCAACAUGUCAGAAGUCCAAGUAGUUCUAGUACAUCAGCAGCAGCGGCAGCUGACGAUAAUAAUGGAUCACGCAACAAUAGCUUAUCUCACCGACUUCGCGUCGCCAGUCGGCUGUUUAACGUCAUGUCAUCCCGAUCCAGCGUCGACCAUCCAAUGUGUCAAGAAUGUACCGACAUGUUAUUAGAAAGUCUGGAAAAACAACUUGAGGAUGUGGGACUCGAACGCGACUGUUACAUUGAAUAUCUGGAGAAGGUCAAAGAGGGCCGGAUCACAGACGACGAGCUAAAAGACUUGGAACAGCAAGUCAAAGAGCUCAAAUUGGCUGAAGACGAAGCACUUUCAGAUCUGACCAAAGCAAGAGAAGAGCAUGAGGCAGUCAACAAGGAGAUGGAAGAGUUGGAGGUGGAAAUGAAGGCGUUGGAGGAACGCGAGCAGAAGUUCUGGGAACAGUAUAACGAUUAUGAGCUCAAGCUGGAAAAUUUCCAAAGCGAGCGUGCGUCCAUCAAUCUCAAAUACGAUCAUGAUGUCAAACAGUUUGAACGGUUGCAAAAGACGGUCGUGUAUAACGAUGCGUUCUGUAUUUCACAAGAAGGCCCGUUCGGUACGAUUAAUGGGUUCCGGCUUGGUCGCUUGAGCUCACAGCCAGUUGAAUGGAGUGAAAUUAAUGCUGCCUGGGGUCAAACUCUGUUGCUGUUGUAUACCGUGGCAAAUAAGCUCAAGUUUCAAUUUCACACAUAUCGACUGGUACCUAUGGGAUCCUUUUCGCGAGUAGAAAAGGUGGACGGUGACACAGUUUUAUCUUAUGAAUUAUAUGGAUCGAAUGAAUUUGGAUUAAAUCGGAUGUUCCUCAACCGCAGACUGGACCAUGCCAUGGUUGCCAUUCUAAACUGUCUUCAACAACUGACUGAUUUCGCAGAAGAACGGGACAGGAGCUUGCGGUUCCCAUACCGGAUCCACAAGGACAAAAUUGGCGAUGUAUCAAUACGAGUCCAGUUCAACCAAGACGAACUGUGGACGAAAGCACUAAAGUACAUGUUGACGAAUAUGAAAUGGAUAUUGGUGUUUGCCAGUAGAACCAGUGUUGCUGCUGUGCCUCCAUAAGAGAAAACAACGUCAUGUAUACAUAAAGGAAUUGGC